AUGACAUUUUCAUUAACAAAGAGAAGACAACAAAUGGAGUCGUUUUGCCUUCCAUUGUAUUCAGAUUUAUUUUCGACUUUUAAAAAGAAUCAGAGGGAAAAAAGAACCCAUCGGGCAAAAUAUAACAUUCAUGAAAUCGGAGACUUUUUCUUGAACGUUCCUGUCGGCCUUGUUUACACAACGAUUGAACUCUGA